AUGGAUUCUGAUACUUCUGAAGCAACAAUAGAAAAUGAAGACCUAACAGAAAACUUUAAUAUUGGUGGUAUAAAUAAUGUUACUAACAUAAAAGUGGAAAAUAAUUAUAUUAAUGAUGAAAAUGAUGUUAUUGACGUGAAAAAUGGUGUUCAUGAACAUCCACCUUUUUCACCAACAAAAACUCUUUCUUCUAUAGUAAAGCAAUUUCAACAGAUUUUAAAUACUGAUGAUUAUUUAAACUUAACAGCUCAAAAACUUACAAGUGGUAUAGUAAAUGAAAUCUUACGUCAACUUAAUACAGAUGAAAAUAAUCCUUAUAUUAGAGAUAUCUCACUUACUUUUACAAGAGUUUUUACUAAUAUUGAGACAUCUGAAGCUUAUAAAUACAUGUUCCAAGAAGUUAUUACAACUGUUGAAUAUGAUACCAAUAAAAUAUUCAAAUUCAACCAUAUUGAUGGUAAAGGUCUUAAAAAAACUUCAAAAAAACCUAGAAGACAAAUUACAACCAAAGCUUUUAAUCAAAUUAAUAAUUCUAGAAGUAAUAAUCAAGGUGAAACUAGUGGUAACGCAAAUAUGAUUAUUGAGUUGGAUAAAGAUGAAAAUAACAAUAAUGUUACUGAAGUGUCUCAAUCAACAUUAGAUAAUGCUUUAUUUGUUCAAGAAAGAGAAAUUGCACUUUUAGAAAAAAAGAAUUCAACUUGA